GUCGCGCGGUGCUGCUAGCUUCACUGUGAAGUUGCGACGCGCGUGCACCCAGCCCCUCUUCAUCACGAGAGACACGAGGACACACUUUUACUUACAUGUUGGACAACAACCAGGUUUCUAUUAUUACUAGCUCGGGAUUUAACACACACACACACACACCAGCAGCGGUUUUAGCUCAGCUUCACGGUGUUCUCCUUGCGACGGAGGCACACGAAACGGGACGUGGUGAAUUAAACUUUCUACCGUUCCCCUUUUCGGAGCGAUAAAGAAGCGUUUCAUGGGUGCGUUGUUUCUCUAAAACAACAGUGGACCGCGUGACGUAUACGGGACGCACAUACAAAUGUUUGGCCACCUGAAGUUCCAGCUCGAGAAGUCUACAACAAUGUCAGGGGUCGCCCUUUUUGGAAAAUGAUUGCUGGCAGCAUCGACGGUAAAAUAAUGGUCAGAAGAUGUCUAGUCACGUUCAAACCGUUCAGGAUAUUCGUGGUGGGAAUAGGAUUUUUCAGCCUGUGCUUUCUAAUGACAUCUCUUGGGGGGGAAUUCUCAGCCAAGAGAUUGGGGGACUCCCCCUUCACCAUCCGCACAGAAGUCCUGGGAGGUGUGGAGUCACGUAGUGUGCUGAGGAAGAUCAGUGACACGCUGGAGGUGAUUCUGAAGAAGAUGGACAGCCUGUCCAAACUCGACAACACCUCCACCACUGAUGCACGGCGUCUGGAUGAGCUCAGUUCUGCUAUCAACAGGUUUCAGCCAGCGGGCCUGGUGGAGAGGAUCCAAGCUAUUGCCCAGAACGUCUCCAACAUGGCCAUCAGGGUAGAGCAAAUACUGCAGAACAGCAUGGUGCAAGGAAGAGCAGUCAGCAGAGAUGGAACAUCGAGUCAAUGUGAAGUUCCAAGAGACCCACGCUUUCCGGAUUGUCCAGGGAAAGUAGAUUGGAUGCGUGCACGUUGGACAUCGGACCCCUGCUACGCCUUCUAUGGUGUCGACGGUUCAGACUGCUCCUUCCUCAUCUAUCUGAGUGAGGUGGAGUGGUUCUGCCCACCAUUGGUCUGGAGGAAUCACAGCAGCCCCCCCACACAACAUACACAGCAGACAAAGGCUCCUAAGAGACAAGCUGCUUUCCGCACAGAUCUCUCUGUACUGCUGGACCAGGUCGGGACAGGAAAAGAGUCCCUCAGUUUCAUGAAGCGCCGGAUCCGCCGUCUUGCACAGCAGUGGACAACGGCCGCCAACCGCCUGGAUGCCAAGCUGGAGCAACGUUGGAGGGACCAGAAGAAGAUCUUGAUCCAUGUAGGCUUCCUGACUGAGGAGUCUGGAGAUGUUUUCAGUCCCAAGGUGCUAAAGGGAGGUCCACUGGGAGAGAUGGUGCAGUGGGCUGACAUCCUCACAGCUCUCCAUGUUCUGGGACAUAACCUGAAGAUCUCCAUGUCUGUCAAGGAGCUGCAGGGGUUUCUUGGUGUGCCUCCAGGCAGAGGCAGUUGCCCACUCACUGGCCCGCUGCACUUUGACCUCAUCUACACUGACUACCAUGGCCUGCAGCAGAUGAAACAGCACAUGGGGCUCUCACUCAAGAAACACAAAUGUCAUAUCCGGGUGAUCGACACCUUUGGGACGGAGCCGGCCUACAAUCAUGAGGAGUAUGCAACGCUACAUGGCUACAGGACCAACUGGGGUUACUGGAACCUUAAUGCCAAGCAAUACAUGACCAUGUUCCCUCACACACCAGACAAUUCAUUCAUGGGUUUCGUUUCGGAGGAGCUGAAUGAGACCGAGAAGAGGAGCAUCCAGCAGAACAAAGUCAACAACAUGGCAGUUGUGUAUGGAAAAGAGGCCAGCAUGUGGAAGCUUCAGCAGGGUAAGGAAGGUUUCCUGCAGAUUCUCCACAGGUACAUGGAAGUCCAUGGCACAGUCUAUUAUGAGACUCAGAGACCUCCGGAGGUCCCAGCCUUUGUGAAGAACCAUGGCCUGCUGCCCCAGCAUGAACUGCAGCAACUGCUGCGUAAGGCCAAGCUCUUUAUCGGAUUUGGUUUCCCCUAUGAAGGCCCCGCCCCUCUUGAAGCAAUAGCCAAUGGCUGCAUUUUCCUUCAACCCAAGUUCCACCCACCGCACAGCUCUCUCAAUCACGAGUUUUUCAGGGGCAAACCCACUUCCAGAGAGGUGUCGUCCCAGCACCCGUAUGCAGAGCAGUACAUCGGAAGACCACAUGUCAUGACAGUGGACUACAACAACUCCCUGGAGUUUGACUCUGCCAUCAGGGAAAUUAUGAGGACCAAGGUGGAGCCGUAUCUGCCUUAUGAGUACACCUGUGAGGGAAUGCUGGAGAGAGUCCAUGCCUACAUACAGCAUCAGGACUUCUGUGCACCAAAGCCUCCCUUCGUUCCAGCCAACCUCACCAGACACGGGUCUGCUGGUGGCAACAGGAUAACAGCACCUCUGUUUGUUCCCCUGCCCAAUUCCACAGCGCUUGGCUGGUCGUCCAGUGUGACAGCUCCCGCUGUCUGGCCUCCGCUCAGUUCCCUCAGGCUGCUCGUAUCUCAAGAGGGUCAGUCCUGCGUGGAGGCAUGUCAGUCAGCUGGCUUCAUCUGUGAGCCUUCUCACUUCCGCUUCAUUAACAACAAGGAGGCGCUACGCAGGUUGGAGGUGCAGUGUGAUGUCAUAGACUCGGAGAUCAACCACAUCCUUCCCGCCUUCUCCGUGGUGCGGCAGGAGUGUGGCCUCCAGCAGGACCCCCUUCUCUUCAGCUGUGCAGGUCAUUCCCCUAAAUACAGGCGUCUUUGCCCCUGCAGAGACUUUCGCCACGGACAGGUGGCGCUGUGCAGAAACUGUCUAUAAUUACAGGGCAGGCGAAGGACAGUGGAAAGAAUUAGUCGCAGAUUUGGCGAGGUAAAGGGACACUGUGAGGACACCGCAGUCAGAGCAGCUAGGACAGAUCCGACAAAAGGUGGAGCAGCUUCCCCCGAAAAUGUAGGGUGAUGAGGAACCGGCAUGCAGUGUUAUGAAGAGCUGGAUAGAAGCCAGCGUGAUUGUGGUUGACUGUAGAUGUUAAAGCAGCAGUUAUACAGUGCUGUACUGUAACUAGCUGGAGACACAUAGACGCAAAACUUCUUAAAACAGGGUAGUGACACCAGGUGUUAUUACAGUUAGGAAGUAUACACUACUGAAAGGUAAAGGUUUGGUUGCUACCCACCAACCAACUUUUACAGUAACCCUCUGACUAUGUGAUAAUACUUUCUACAAAAUGUGAAACGGAUUUCAUUUUUUUUGUGAACUGCGUCUCACAAAAAAAGCAAACAUGUGGUUUCCGUUGUAAAAUGUACAUUUUGGAGAACCUCGGUAUUUGGACACGAGUGUCAAUCCCUGACAGAGUCUUCAAAAAUCGUGGCUUGGAGAAGACAACCUCGGGUCAAUAUUCAAUCUCCUCUCUGCACUUGGACAAAGGAUGAUGGACAGCUGGGUUAUCUCCCCGAGUCUUUCCUCCCUCCUCCAGUGACAGUUGGAGUCAUUUAUCAGACUUAACACAAGUCUGAGGCAACACUGGUCAAAGCAAUCAUCUCUGGUCACAAAAAGACAGAAGGAGGACAGAGGACAAAGAUAAAGUGUACAAGAUUAUUUUUCAAUAAAUAAGCUUUCAAAGCUCUCAGUUGGAUUUUU